AUGGCUUCGCCAGCUCUUCUGUGUUUAUUUGUUAUGACCCGUGGUAAAUCACCCGAUGGUCUUCGCGACGACGCCGACGUCAACAUCACAAACAGCUUCAGCAACCACAUCAUCUGCGACCAGCACAGCAGCUGGUACAACUCCAGCACUAUCAAGUACCACCGAUACAACCACCACUGCUGCUCCACAGCCGAACAACCGAAUCUGCCCGACAAACACCGGAAUGGUCGACUUUACAAGGGUAUCAGCAAAGUCCGCCCACAAUUAUCGCAGGUAGAACACCUCAGCUCAAUAUGUGUAUGA